UAAAGUAAGGUCGGAGGUUUCGUGUAGGUCUGGUGAAUGUUUCCAUGCGAGCGUGGUUGCUUGCGUUGGCUUUAUUCUCUUGGAGCUCAAACAACACAAUUACUAUGAAAACCAAAGCGUUGCAAGAAUUGUUGACAUAUUAAACAGAACAACAACGCAUCUCUAAAUCUGUACCUUGUGCCUGUGCCAUCGUCAGUUAGAGAUGGAAUUAGCAGAGCUGUGGGCGAUGUUCGGGCCAGGGUUAUCAGGGGCAGUGUUUGGUGCAGGAUGGUGGAUCUGGGUGGAUGCCGUCGUUUGCAGCUCCUCUAAAGUAUCGUUCCUUCAUUAUUUGCCAGGCAUAUUCGCUUCAUUUGCAGCGCUCAUGUUUAAUUGCGUUAGCAGAAACGACCUCCAUGAUUACUCGCCCUACGACGACGAAGCCUGCAGAUCAAGAACCUGGCUAUUCUUGGCAUACGUUAUAUCCUUUGUCUCUUUAGCAGGAUCAGUUGGCUUGUUGGUUCAGGAUUCUCUCAGUAAAUCUGACUCAACGUGGACUGGUGUUGCGGGUGUUCUACAGUGUUUUUUUGUCCUCACAAGUGGGCUGAUCUAUUGGACUUCUCGCACUGAGUCUUGAAUAAAUUCCCGUGUAAAACUAUGAAUCUUGCAAAUGGAGGAUGGAAUAGAAUAUGUUUUUUCUUGCCAAAGACCUGUAUUGACUUUGGACAUUUGCCAUUUGGCACAUGGCAAAUGCUCUUGGUUAUUGUGAAGGAUUAGGCACAGAUUACAAUUUGUAUGUAGUGUACUGCAAAAUUGAAGUGCAUGUGAUUUGUAAAUGAACACAAACUUUUGGUUCUAAAAAGAACGAGGUAUACCAGCAUGUCUGAUGUCAUAUUGAUUAGGAUGUUGUGAAAUCCUCAGCAAGUGAUCUGCUUUUCCGUAGAAUUUUAUUUUUUUGGGAGCACUAACCAUUUGAUCUUGCCCGAUACCUCCUGUAAGCAGAUUGAAAUCCCCUUGCUUGCUAUUUGAUUCUAUUUUUUUUAUGAAAGAUUGAACAGUGUAUAUGCCAGAAAUAUGUUUCUAUUGAUGAAUAUAAGCUGUAUUAAAUUGGUUAA